AUCCUCCGAGCCCGGCGGGGGAUCUCCUCGCUGGCGCGCCUCCACCCCCAGCGAAACCAGCUCCCAUAAGCAUGGAGAGAAGGGCCCCAGCCGGCCGCCUGAAACCCUAACCCGGGCGGCCUGUGACAUCCCCGACGCGGCCGCCGCCGUCGCACCUCGUCCGGCCGCGGUACGCCCUCGGCGCCGUCCCCAAGAUCCUCUCCUUGCUCGUCCCCGACGCGCGGCCUCCCCGGCAGCAGCGAUCUCUCCCCUGAAGCCCGGCCUCACCGACGGCUCUGCGUGUUCUUGCCUUGCUGACGCCCCCCUCUCCUCCAUCGCUGACGGAGACUUCACAGAAGUGCCAUGGACAUCUCUGCUGACUGAACUGAUCUUUCAAAGACUCCUGUGGUUGUUGUUUUAUGUGCUGUGAAGUCCAUUUUGGAUAUAGCUCAGACACACCAUUACAUGGCUUGUUGCGGCAACUCGUGAGGAUCAAGAGUUUGUUGUGGUAGCUGGGGAGCUGAUCCAGUUUGUUUCAACUGCCGAAUGUAACUGGAAAUCUACCUACUUCUGGCACCAGGAUCAAGGCUGCAGCCAAAUCAAAGAGACCAUUCGCAUCUGCCCCCAAAUCCCGCCAUGCUCCGUGCUCGCGAACCUUGCUCUCCAUGGUCUGACGGCCUCCCACCUGAGCUUCUCGACACCAUCCUCCGCUAUCUCACCUGCCUCGCUGACCGUGUCUACUUCGCUGCUGUCUGUCGUGUUUGGCGCUCUGCGGCGCAGGUCCAUAAAUCCCCGCAGUGCCAUCUCCCUUUGCUCCUUCUCCCAUCCCCUGCUGCACCCUCCUUCUUAAGCCUCCACUCUGGGGCUAUCCGCCGCCUACACCUCUCGGAGAGCGUUCGUGCCGCGCGCCUAUGCGGCUCCCAUGAGGGUGGUUGGGUCGUCCUCGCCUCGGACCAGUGGCGAGGGUACGCAGCGGUGAACCUCUGCUCUGGCGCCAUGGUUCCUCUCCCUGACAGGCUCAGGAUACCCAGCGCGCGUGGCAGGAUCGACACCACGUGCGAGCACCAUAUGGUCAUCCGCACUGUCACCUUUUCUGGCACGCCGUCAGCGGAGGGCUGCCUUGCUGCGGCGCACGUCUCCAGUGCUUCCAAUAUAGCGUUCUGGCGGAUGGGGAUGGAACGAUACUGGCUUGCAUCCAGGCGCGAUGUGGUGGACGUGAUCCAGGACAUAAUCUAUUACAAGGAAGGUUUCCAUGUCCUCUCCAGCACAGAGGAUGUUGUGGUGUACGCUCCCAAGGGUGACCUUCUGGGGAUGUCUCAUAUCUCCUAUCUGAUACAGAAGCGCACUGACUACAAGCCUGAUAGGCUCCUGCCCAAGGGUCACAGCGUGUCCCGCUAUCUGGUGGAGUCCCGUGGAAAGCUGCUAAUGGUCCUGCGGCUCUUUGGGCCCAAGCAGCAACAGCACUUCAGGAUCUUUGAGAUGAACCCUAGUGGCGGUGGGGGCACUUACUGGGUGGAGCUGCACGCGCUUCCUGGUCGGGCGCUCUUACUUGGCCGAGGGUGCUCCAGGGCCUUUGAGGUGUCUCAGUUUGACACGCUCCCGGUGGGUAACAUCUAUUACCUGGACGAUGCAAGCUUCAACCUAUCCUUGGCGUGGAGCAACGGGAGUAGGUAUCCCACCACUUUCAUGGGCGUGUACGACUUUCACAAAACACACAAUGCGAUGAGGCACUUUCCGCGUGAAUCUACUUCAGAGUGCUCUCUUCCAAUCUGGUUUAUACCCUGAAUCAAUAUACAGUUUUGGGGCGGAUUUGGCAAGUCUGGCAUUAUUUGGAGUAUGUUAAAUGAUGCCAGUCGCUGUAUUUUCAUUCAGAAUAAGAAAGUACUGUAACAAAUGUAUGGCAUGUUGGAAACAUCAAUCGAUUAUGUAUUGUGUCACCAGAACAUUGUUAGGAGUAUGUUUAAUCCUUUCUGGCA